ACUUACUCUCUGAAAUCAAUGGAUUCUAAAAGAGUUCACCUUUUGGUAGCUCAGUUUUUAUUUGAAAAUAACUACAAGAAUGCUUUGGAAGCUUUCACUCGAGAAAGUGGUUUUGAUUACGAAGAAAAUAAUUCUAUGAAGACUUCAGAACUAAUAUCAGUUCUAGAUGAAUACAAGGAAUUAACAAGGAAGCAUGUGACAAAUAAAGUUGUAGAAUUUCUUCCUGGGAAUGGGAACUAUGCAAAAGAGUUGCUGCUGUCAAUUCCUGAUCUUGUUGGUGGAGAAAACAUACUAGCAGUCAGAGUUACAGCCAAUGGAGAUCUUAUCGCAGGAUCAACUCAAGGGUUGUUAUCAGUUGUAACAUUAAACACACCUCUUCCCAGUGAUGAGACUAUGCUGCCAUUUCCAUCGAUGAUCGAGCUUCAUUCAGCUGGAAUCAUUGCUUUGGACAUUCAUCCAGUUAAAAAAGACAUUAUUCUCACUGGAAGCAUGGACAGAAAGUGUUUGCUGGUAAAACUUUUAAAUGCAGAUGAGCAUCAUGUUCUUCAGACAUUUGAAAAUCAUCAAAAAUUUGUUGUCAAAGUGAGAUGGUCAUAUUCAGGAAAGUAUUUUGCCACAGCUUCUUAUGAUCAGUCUGUUUGCAUUUACAGAGAAAUUUCUGGGGGAAAUGACCUCAAUUACGAACUUUGGAAACAAAUUGAAUAUAAAGGUCAAGUGGAGGGGAUUGCAUUUCAAAAGAAUAAGGAUGUUAUCCUUGUUUCUGUGAGAAAUGACAAUAACCUCCAUGUUGUUAAUUUGACUGGAGAAGAACCACAGGAGGACAAACAAAUCAACAUGAAUCUGCUGCAAGAUGAUUAUGUUAGUUUUACAGCUAUGGACAUCAGCUGCAGUCCUGAUGACAACUUUGUGCUAGUUUCAACUGAUCAAGACAGACUUAUUAUUUUUGACUUACGCACUGGAAGCCAGGUUGCUAAUUUUUAUGGCAGUCUUAACGACGAAUAUAGUCAACCAAGAAGUUGUUGGGACCCUUCAGCACAGUACAUAUACUCUACCUCUCAAGACAAGAGUAUAAUGGUGUGGGAGAUAUCCAGCCAAAAGGUUGUGGAAAAACUAGAGGGACACACUGGCAUAGUGAGAGACUUAUGGUACUGUGAACCUCUCUCUGUGUUAGUAUCCUGUGGAUUCGAUGGCUCAGUUCGGUUUUGGAACAAUGGACACAAGGAUGAAGUCAGUUAACAACAAUUUUCUUGACUUCACUAGACAUCAUUUUCUGUACGGAAUUUUCAUCAGCUGAGUUUUCAAUGAGUUUUCAAUAGAAUUCUUUAUAUGGCUGACAUCACAUGGUAGUCAGUGUUUGACCACCAUUUGGAGCAGAUAUUGAGAUUCAAAGACUUUCAAUAGCUGAAAACCGACCCAAGCAAUCGUGAAUGAAAAAUAACCGCUAAAUAUUUUACUAAUAAAUAAAGGGAAUGAUUUGGGAAUAAACAAAAAAUACAAUAUAAAAGGGGAAAUGAAUUUUUUUAAAUAAACACCCAAGUGCAAAAUCGU